CCCGCCGAUUCCAGCGGCAAAUUUUUGAUUCCGAAAAAUUCCUCUCCGCGACGAUUAAAAGGGCCGCAGAUCGAAAGAUUUCCUCAUGUUUAAUUCCUUUGAUCUCCGGAAAAUUCCCACCUCUUUCGCGGUCUCUCGCGUUAGACGGAAAGAUUUGUUGGCGAGGAAGAAAGGAGGAGGGGUUUGGAUCCCGGAGGCGAGGAGGAAAUCUAGGGUUAGGGCUUCCUUAAUCGUGGCGUCUUGAGAGAGAGAGAGAGAGAGAGAGAGAGAGAGAGAGAGAGAGAGAGAGGAUGAGCGCGAAGGCGGUGCCGGCGCCCAACUCACAUGGGAACCUGGAGGAGCAGAUCGCGCAGCUCAUGCAGUGCAAACCGCUCUCCGAACAAGAGGUUAGAGUCUUGUGUGAGAAGGCCAAAGAGGUAUUGAUGGAAGAAAGCAAUGUCCAGCCUGUGAAGAGCCCUGUGACAAUAUGUGGUGACAUUCAUGGGCAAUUUCAUGAUCUUGCAGAACUGUUUCGAAUUGGAGGAAAGUGUCCAGAUACAAAUUACUUAUUUAUGGGUGAUUACGUAGACCGAGGGUACUAUUCUGUUGAAACUGUCACGCUUUUGGUGGCCCUCAAGGUGCGUUAUCCUCAGCGAAUCACCAUUCUUAGAGGAAACCAUGAGAGUCGUCAGAUUACCCAAGUUUAUGGAUUUUAUGAUGAAUGUUUAAGAAAAUAUGGUAAUGCGAAUGUUUGGAAGAUCUUCACAGAUUUAUUUGAUUAUUUCCCCUUGACAGCACUGGUUGAAUCUGAAAUAUUUUGUCUACAUGGUGGAUUAUCUCCAUCUAUUGAGACCCUUGAUAGCAUACGUAACUUUGAUCGUGUUCAAGAGGUUCCACAUGAGGGGCCUAUGUGUGAUCUUUUGUGGUCUGACCCUGAUGACCGAUGUGGUUGGGGUAUUUCCCCUCGUGGUGCUGGAUAUACUUUUGGCCAAGAUAUAUCAGAGCAGUUCAACCACACCAAUAAUCUUAAGCUGAUAGCAAGAGCUCAUCAGCUAGUCAUGGAAGGAUAUAACUGGGGACAUGACCAAAAGGUGGUCACCAUAUUUAGUGCACCAAAUUAUUGCUAUCGGUGUGGUAAUAUGGCCUCAAUAUUGGAAGUCGAUGACUGCAAGGGGCAUACGUUCAUCCAGUUUGAGCCUGCCCCCAGGAGAGGAGAGCCGGACGUGACUCGCAGAACUCCUGACUACUUCCUGUAGAUCAGCUAAUGGAGAAGUUACGUUCCUGAUUCCUUGCAGCAAGUACUGCUUUCACAAUGGCAUUGUGAUCUCAGACAUUUCUCAUUAGGAUGGUACAAUCAGUUUGCCACUUUUAUCCAUGGCUGUGGUGAUUUGGACGGAGUAGAUGUAUAAUGAUGUUGGAAGCUAUUCAUCUCUUCAUGUCGUGGAUUCCAUUGCGGUUGGAGGCGGCAAGGUUGAUGGUGGAGCAGCAUGUAUCAUUGUUUUUGCUCUUUUCUUUUUUCUGGUUAUCUUUUUUUUUUUUUGCUUCUUUUUCAUGCUGUCUAAGGGAGCAAGUUUAAACUUAUGGAUCUGCUUUGAUAAAUUCAUAGAUUUAGCUGAGAGUUCUAUAUUUAACAGUCACUUCUGUGGUGUUAUCUUAAGAAUGUAGUCAUAUCGUCUUCUGGACAUAUGGCUUGCCAUUAUUUUA